AUGUCUCACUUUACAAGUGAAGAUGAAGCUCAGUUACAAGCUAUGCUUAGACAGUUGCUGCAGAGUGUGAAGGAAAAAAUCACUGGAGCCCCAUCAGCAGAAUGUGCAGAAGAGAUUCUCUUGCAUUUGGAGGAAACAGAUGAGAAUUUUCACAACUAUGAGUUUGUGAAAUACCUUAGGCAAUAUAUAAAUAAUACUGUGGGAUCUGUGAUUGAAGAAGAAACAGAAAAAUGUACUUCUGCUCAAAAUCAGGGUGAAGUAUCUGGCUAUGACACACUUGUCCAGCAUGUUACUAAGAAGACCCGUGAAUCAAAAGAAUACAGAGAAAUGAUGCAUGCCUUGAAGAAUGUCAUGAUGGUUGUGGUAGAAUCUUUGAUUAACAAGUUUGAAGAAGAUCGGAUGCAUAAUAAGGAGCUGGAUAGUAAAACAAAGAAAGAACGUCAGAGUGGCUAUUACACAGACAACUGUUCUGACAGUGACUCUUCGUUCAACCAAAGUUACACGUUCAUGAGUCAAGAACAAUUGCAGCUGCUUGUAGAAAGGCUUGACCCUAUUCAGCCUAAGGAAGUUCGCCAAGAAGCAUUGCAGACCCUGUGCUUUGCCCCUCCCUCUGAUAUACUGAACUCUGAGAGUUGGCCAAAUCUGCGUAAGCAUCUAACGGUGUCUCUGUCGGAUCCUGAUGCAGCAUUCAGUGAUAAAAUUCUUAGGUUCUAUGCAAAAACCUUUUCUUCUUCUCCAUUUAAUAUGACAAGAGAAGUCUAUACAAGUUUAGCAAGGCACUUGGAGUUAUACUUUCUUUCUGGAGAAUAUUCUCUUCGUAUUUCGUCUGGUCUGGAUGUAUCUAACACAGAGAUAAAUCGUUUGCUUAAAAAGGUCCGCCUUUUAAAUGAAUACCAAAAGGAAGCUCCGUCUUCCUGGAUUCGUCAUCCAGAAAAGUACAUGGAAGAAGUAGUGGAGAGUACCUUAUCACUCUUGUCAGUAGAACACGAGCCUAAUCAUCCUGCCUCUCCAGAUUUUUUGAGUCCAGUCUACUUCUUGGGUCUGCUGGAUAUCAAAGCAGUAUGGUUUAAAAAGUGGACGCAUGCGUAUUACAGCAGAACAGUGGUACUUAGGCUUUUGGAAAAGAAGUAUAAAUCUGUGCUCAAUGCAGCUGUCCAGCAAUGUCUUGAUUAUUUUGAAUUUUGCAAGGCAGCAGUUAAUAAAAAUUCCAGAGUCAAUGACUUCUCCCAGCAGCAUUGUAGUGAUAAGGAGAACUUUUCUUACACUGGACCAGAAUUGCAGUACGUCUAUUUUGUCCAUUCACUGUGCCUUUUAGGAAGAUUGUUGAUCUAUAAGCAAGGCCGAAAUCUCUUUCCAGUACAGCUGAAAAAUAAAAAAGACAGUGUAUCCAUAACUGAUCUGUUGGUAUUAUUUACUCAGCUUAUUUAUUACUCUCCAAGUUACCCAAAGACAGCUUUGGCAGCGCAUACAGACAAUUACUCUCCAGCAAGUCUUGUUAUGGAGAUUCUGCAAGUUUUUUGUGAUCAAACAGGAUGUGCUGCUGAAUGUUUAUAUACAGAUGCAGUGAUAGAUGCCCUACUUCAUCCUAUUCACAGUUUACUGAGUGGCGCAGAGAUGUAUAUAAAUUGUCUUGAAACCACUUUAAUUGAUGUAGCUGAUAUUUUGGCAAGGAUUGCUGCUGUAGAAGAUGGUCUUUCUCUUCUUCUUUAUGGAGAAAAUGAAAAAACUGCCGAAGAUGACAGUCCUACAGCUGUUCAUGCAAUUGUUCAGUUUACAAAGAAGCUUCUUCAUGACGACAUUUCUCUCUUAUCUGGAACUGAGCUUUUGCCAGUUGUUAAAGGAGCUUUCAUUUUUGUGUGUCGUCAGAUGUACAGAACUUGUGAAGGCCUGCAGAUACUUAUACCUUAUGGCUUGCAUGAAUCUAUCGGAGAGGCCUGGAAAAAGACAAGUUUGCUUUCAGAAAGAGUACCCACACCUGUAACUGGUGCAGACUCGACUUCAUCAAUAAGUUUAGAGUCAAAAAACAUUUUGUUAUGGGAAGAGACUUUGUUAGAUGCCUUGCUAAAUUUUUCUGCUACACCCAAAGGACUCUUUCUGCUUCAUAGCACAGGUGCCAUGAAUGACUGUGCGAACUUUAUGUUCAGCAGUUUAUCAAAAAAACUCCAGACAAAUGAAUAUGAAGAGUUUGAUAAUAGAGUGAUCGUUACACAAAUGGCAACAACACCAACAGGUGCAGUAGCUCUACAGAGUUCAGGCUUUAUAAAGGCACUUGUAACUGAAUUGUGGGCUGUUUUGGAGUGUGGAAAAGAUGAUUUGAGGAUAACCCAACCCAGAUCUACUCCAGUUGACCCUAUUGACCAAAGCUGUCAGAAGUCUUUUCUGUCUCUGAUAAACUUGCUCACUUACCCUGCAGUUUUUGAGCUCCUGAGUAAACAAGAUAUACCAAAUAAACCAAUGUAUUCACUCCGUGAAGUACCUACAGAUAUUAUUGAUAUCAUUGACAGGCUUAUAAUUUUGAAUUCAGAAGCUAAAAUUCAUUCCUUAUUCAGUUAUGAGCAAUCACAUGUCUUUGGUCUGAGGUUGUUAAAUGUGCUAUGCUGCGAGCUCAAUACACUUUUACUCCUGGAGACUCAGUAUAAAGUGUCACAAGUUUUACUAACUGCUCAGGAGGAAAAUGUCAUAGAAACUUCAGAAGGACCAGGAGAUUUUAUAAUUGAUGGUCUUUCAGUGGAGAGAAACCAUGUUCUUGUAAGGAUAAAUCUAAUUGGAGGACCACAGGAAAGGAUUUUACCCUUGAGAGUGCUAGAUAAGGGCAGUGAUCCAUAUCCUUGGCCAAUGUUUUCGUCAUUCCCUUUGCCAAAGUGCUAUCUGGCAGAAGUUCCUAGGAAAGCCGAAUGCAGGCAAG